UGAGUUGUGUAGCUGUCAUUGUCAAACAUUCAAUUAUAGAGUGAUUGUUUUUUGUUUGCCUCGUUACCGGCGUCCGACCGGCCAGUCUUCGCUCCGCCGCCGCAAGAAUGCCCCUGGAAGUGAAACAAAUCACAGGUCCGCUGGUCCUCGGCGAAGGCCCUCAUUGGGACGAUCGGGUCCAGGCUCUUUAUUUUGUGAGCAUCCAUGAGAAAAGCAUCCACAAGUACAACCCGGUGAGCGGAGAGCACACCAAAACUACCCUCGACGGUCGUCCCGGCUUCAUAGUUCCAGUAGAAGGAGCACUAGACCAGUUCGUAGUGGGUUUGGAGCGGGAAUUCGUGGUUGUCCAGUGGGACGGUGCCGAAGGGAGCGCCGUGAAGGUUGUUCGGAAGAUCGGAGAGGUUGACCAGGACGCUACGAGGAACAGGAUCAAUGAUGGGAAGGCGGAUCCUAGGGGCAGGAUCUUUGGAGGUACAAUGGGCUACGAGAAGUCUCCCGGCGACUUUGCCCAAGAGCAGGGCUCCCUCUAUCGAGUUGACGGUAACAUUACCCGUGUGGCCGACAAGAUAGGGAUUUCAAACGGUCUGGCUUGGGACUUGGAUGCCAAGGCCAUGUACUACAUAGACUCGCUAGAGAGAAACGUCCGGAGAUACGACUAUGAUGUGGAGACUGGGAAUGUCUCAAAUAUGAAGCAUAUCUUCAACCUCCCGAAGAAUGGUCUGGACGGUUUCCCCGACGGCGGCACCAUAGACACUGACGGCAACCUGUGGAUCGCCGUGUUCAACAACGGGGUGGUCAUCCAGGUGUCUCCUGACGGCAAGCUGCUCAAGAAAGUCCCGAUACCCGCUAAACAGGUAACCUCGUGCACCUUCGGCGGCCCUAACUUGGACAUCCUCUUCGUAACCACGUCUCGCUACAUGAACAAACCGGGCGAGGGGGAGCCACAAGACGGAUGCACUUUCAUGGUGACUGGCCUGGGCGUGAAGGGACACCCGAAUGUUAACUUUAAGUUUUAAUCGUGUGAAGUGAAGUGUUACAUGUUUAUGUUAUUGCCAUUUAAAUUAAUCAAUUUAUAAAAUUGUUACCUACA